GCCGACGUCAUGGUUUCGUUAAGAACGUAGCAACAACUAUGCCGAUCGUCCAUUCCCGAAAAUGAAAGCUAUGGCGGAUGGGCCAGAAUGUUUUUCCCUUGGAAGUGUUGUUUGUUGUAAAACUUGCUAUGACCAGGUUAUCGAGGGAGAAGUGUUGGCCUUCGACCAGCAGACAAAGGCUCUCAUGUUGAAAUGUGCCAGUUCUAGCGGCAAGGCCAAUGUCAGCGACAUACGCAUGGUCAACCUCAACUUCGUCUCGGAGUUGACCGUGAAGAAGGAAGCCGGCUCCAGUCCGCUGACGCCGCCUCAACCUCUAAACACAGAAAAGCUCAACACGAGGGCAAAACAGAACAUUGACGAGCGGCAGCGCUUGGCGGCUGCCAUCUCUGCUGGCGUGUCCCACGACGGCAUUCGCCUUUUCCUGGCCAUACGAAAGACGAUCGAUGAUGUGACGUGGCAGGGAAAGAAUAUAAUUGUGAUGAACCAGGUAACCAUCGUGCCACCUUAUCGGCCAGAGAACUGCAAGGGGAAAUCGGACAGCGACGCCAGUGUGCUGCAUGUUCGCAAGAUUGUUGAGAAGCAUCUUCGGGAUCAACAGAAACAAAGCCAAGGGACACGUCAAACCUCGCCAACACAACCUUCAACAAAGGCCUAAGCUCUCGUCCUCUCUUGCCCCUCCCCUAACACCUGCCUGCCAUUGUUUUUUUCCCUCUUUCAUUCUUUUCUCCUUGUUACCUCGUUUUUUUUUUUCUUUCUUUCAGUUUGGAGAUCUUCUUUGCAGUCAUAAACAGCAUUUUACAAUCAAUGAUCACAACAGUUGGAUUUGUGUUUGACCUUGAAGAACAGCAGGCCUGAUUGCCAUGUCUGAGAAUACAAAGACUGGCAAAAAAAAAAAUACAAGGAUAUUGCUUAGAAAUCUUUAAUCACAUGACCAUAGUGGCGUUUUUAGCUGUUUUGCACAACUUAAGUUGCACAAGACAAAGGUGACAUACUUAACUAUCGCUGCACUGAUUCUUAACCAAGUUUCCGAAACUCCUAGCAGAGCUUUUGGAAACUUCAAACUGUUCCAUUGUUUCUUCAGGUGCCAAUAAUGCGACGCGUUCUUGCGAACUAUACUGAUGGUGUUGAAGUGAACGUUGUUUUUUUAAUGAGCAGUUUCUUAAUUACAGUUUUUAACAAAUGGCCCCUUCUCCUUGCCAUCAUGAAAUUCGGCAUUAUUGAUACACCAAACAUGCCUGAAAAGCCUAUGCUUUCUCAAAUUCUUUGUAGCAAAGUGUAGUUAAAGCUUCAGUUUGCCAUUCAACAUUUGCCAGAGGGCAGCCUUACAUUCCUACCUUCCGUUUCCAUCUCGUUUUCCUUUUCUUUCCCCGUUUCCACUUGUGUGUUGCUGCCCCCCCCCCCCCCCCCCCCUCUCUGUCUCGCACUGAAGGGUACCACUUAGCGAUGCCCAAUUUUUCAAGAGUUGAAGAUGACGCCAGACCUUUGUUGUUUAUGCAAAGCUGCAGCCUCAAGUGAUGCUUGUCACUGCAGAAGACAAGCUAGUGAAGAGACAUGCCUUGUGAUGAAGGCAACGAUGUUGUGAACAAUUUUUUUUUGUACGUGGAAAAAUGAGGACAAAAGCACUGCAAUGAGAUGAAGACUUAAGGGACAACAAGAUGACCCCAAAGAAAAAAAAAAGAAUCUUGGCAAUAAAAGAUGGGACUAUUACUUGUCAA